AUGAAGAAAAUCAUGUGUAUAGAUAACUUAAUUCAUUUUAUCAAGAAUGCUGAGCCAGAUUGUGUUCCCUCACAAGAACCCUUCAAUGUCAAUAAGAACUAUAGUAACUGGCUUCAUCUUUUGUAUUACUUCUUGGCAGCAAUCUUUACUGUUGGAGGGGUCUAUGCGGAUGCAGCCGAGGCUUACGAGAAUUCCCUUCAGUAUUGCCCAGCAUAUUACGAGUCCAAAAGAGGACUUGGCUAUACAUUACUGUUGCUGUAUAUUUCUAGAUUACCGGUCAGUGAGGAGUUGAGGCAGGUGGUAAAAUCCAGAGAAGAGUUGCCCAAGCAAACAAUGAGUGAGAGGAAGAUUCCAAAAUAUGAUUCUUGGACAACUCAGCAACUGAAAGAAAUGGCUGUAAAAGUGUUAAAUGAGUAUGUGGAAGAGGCCCCUUGUUGCCACAAACCAUACCUGUUGGGGUCGACACAGAAAUUUCGACGCGUUGAUUGGACUAUUAAUCUGUCUUUAAUCGCCAAGUUUCUCGUGCUUGGUUCGAUCGGUGAUCACUGGUCAUGAACGGUGAAAACUGAACAUAAAAUAAGCAAAAAUGACAAAUAAACCUAAAGAAAACCUAAAUAAACCUAAAGCGACACUAAAGAGCGAAAACUACUUACAUUCUGUGCGAUGCAAUCGAUGAGAAAUUCAAAACAUUUGCUCUAUAACACUACACUUGAAAACACGUGGUGAUCUGGUUUUGCUGUGGUCAUGUGACCAUCCGAAACUAACAUGAUAUAAGUAGUCACGUAGUGUCCAAAAGGAAGUGAACGCAAAAAUAAAUCAAAAUAAAAUUUGGACUAAACAUUCCGCCGGCCUUGGGACAACCCAGUAGGUAGGCCCAACGUCACUAGCCUAGACUAAUUAUUCUCAAGAUCGUUCUCCAGUAGGCAUAGCUUCUGAAUAGGUCGGAUGAACACAGAGUCCUUUGUCUUGACUUUCGCUGUGCGCACCAGGCCGUCGGGGCCAGGGAAGACCUCUAGGACUCGUCCAAGUUUCCAGCAUCCUCUCGGCACGUUGUCAUCAACUAACAGGACAAGGGCCUUCGGCUUCAGGUUAGGUAAGACCUUUCUCCACUUUCCUCGGGCUUGCAGGGUAGGUAAAUACUCACGCAACCACCUCUUCCAAAAUAGGUCUGCCAGAAAUUGUACCUGCCUCCAUUUCCUUCUGUGAUACUGAUCUGCUUUCUCAAAUAUGCCAGGGGUAGGCAGAUAGUCUUCCUCUGCAUUAAGAAAUGCGCUGGCGUGAGUGGCUGAAGGUCAUUUGGGUCGUCUGAAUUGGCGGUGAGCGCUCGCCCAUUUAACACUCGUUCAACUUCAGUCAACAGCGUCUGAAGAACUGCUUCCGUAACUACUUGGGUCCCUAGGAUAGACUUCAGAACAGUCUUAGCACUUCGCACCAUCCGCUCCCAAAUCCCAGACAUGCUAGAAGCAGUUGGCGGCUGGAAGACCCAUUUGCACCCUCGUUGUAGAAGCUCUUGCACAAUUUGUUGCUGGUUCCACUGCUCGAUCGACUCUCUCAGCUCUCGUUCACCGCCGACAAAAUUUGAUCCUCUGUCACACCUUAGUUCAGUCACUUCACCACGACGGUUCAUAAAUCGUCGCAGACACAUUAUGAAGUCGUUUGUGUCCAUCGAGUGAACCAAUUCAAGAUGUACACUACGUGUCGUUAGGCAGGUAAAUAAGCAGCACCACCGUUUGGCUGUUCCUCUUCCAUGCUUGACGUAUAAAGGACCGAAUAGAUCCAUUCCUGUGUAGGAGAAUGGGGGUUCGUACGCCAUCAUCCGGCUUCUUGGCAGGGGAGCCAUUUGCUGAGUCAUCGGCUUGGCAUUCAACUUCUUACAAACAAGACACCGACCCAGGACAGAACGAGUUAACACCCUUAUUUGUGGGAUCCAGAACGUCUCUCGAACCCUUGCUAUGAGGUGUUCACGCCCCAGGUGACCAAUUGAUGCAUGGGUGUGGCGGACCAUCAGGACUGUCGCUGGAUGAUCUCUGGGCAGUAUUAUUUGAUUCCUGGCAGUGUCAGCAGCUGGUGGUGAUGCUAUACGUCCCUUGACUCUCAAAACACCAUGGUCGUCUUGCAUUGGGUUCAAACUAGCGAUCUUACUGGAUCCCCUGACUUCGCCCCUGGUCUUUAGAUCCUUGAUCUCUUGAUCGUAGGCUGCGUGCUGGACGAUCUUUGCGAUGGAUAAGGUAGCAGCAUCGUAAUCUUCUAAAGUCAGAUGACCUGUGUGGACAGUCUUCCGGUCACGGAUGAAAUGAGUGAAGCGUGUGAGCCAAGCCACUUGACGUCUGAGACGGUUCCAAUCAGAGGAGGUGCUUAUUAUUUGUUGCAUGGUGGUCUCAACAGGUGUGGCGGGGGGGCAAUUAGACUGUACGCUUGCCUGGCGGGUCUUGACAUUGGUGUUUAUGUCAGUACAGUUAGCAUGGGUUUCUUUCUUAAGCUCUAGGCCUUCAUCGGGGACUUCUCGAAGGCUUGCGUUGGGCCAAAAGGAUUCAGGUUGCCAUAAGAACUCUGGUCCUCGUAGCCAGCGGUGAUCAAGGUUUAGCUCAGAGGGGUUCAAGCCACGUGACGCAUCGUCGGCUGGGUUCAAGACACCUGGCACGUGGUUCCAGUCGUCUGGCUGUGAGUUUCCUCUGAUUUCUUCGACUCGAUUAGCGACAUAGGUCUGGAAACGACGCCUUUCAUUCUUCAAGUAGUGGAGAACUAUUUCGCUGUCUGUCCAGAACUUGGUGCUCUGAAUAGGAAGGUCCAACUCUUCUCUCAGCAUCUUAUUCAAGCGUGUAGACAGAACAGCAGCUUGGAGUUCAAGCCUUGGAAUGCUUGUGAACUUGACAGGUGCAUUUCUUGUUUUCCCCACAACAAACGAGCAGUGAAUAGACCCAUCUGGAUUCUCGACUCUUAGAUACGCAGAUGCACCGUAGCCAAUUUCAGAGGCAUCAGAGAAGAUAUGCAGCUGUAGUUUGCAUUUGGAAGCAUCUGUUCCAGCUGGCAAGUAGCAACGUGGGAUGCGCAGUGCAGAGAGGGAUGACAGCUGCGAGGUCCAAGACUUCCAUCUGGCUAAGAAGUUUUCUUCGAGUGGCUGGUCCCAGUCUACCUUAGCCUUCCACAUAUCCUGGAUAAUUACUCUGGCAGUAAGGGCCACAGGCGCAGCAAAACCAAGAGGGUCAUACAGGGAACAAACGGCGGACAGUACUCCACGCUUUGUUUCGGGUCGAUUCAAGUUCUUGAUGUCAAAUCCAAGCUCAUCUGUUUCAGCAAACCAGCGAAUCCCUAGCGCCCUUUCCACUGGCAGUUCGUCUAAGUCAAGAUUCAGAUCUGGUGAGGCUCUUUUCUCGGUGGGAAUGGUUGCCAAAACAUUCUUACUGUUCGUCAUGAAUUUUGUAAGGUUGAAGCCACCGUGAUUCAGGAUUUUCACUAGGUCCGAUGCUACAGUAGAUGCUGUAUUCUCCUCACUGAAGGAUGGCAGAGCAUCGUCAACAUAAAAGUUCCUGUCAACAGUUGCAACAACUUGCGGGUUGAACCUUUCAGCAUUGUCACUGGCUGUUCUUCUCAGGGCCGAAUUUGCAACGCAAGGGGACGAGGUUGCUCCAAAUAUGUGUACUUCCAUAACAUAGACAUCCGGGGGUUUGUCGUAAUCAUCUGUCCACCAGAGGAAUCGUAGAGCUUCUUGAUCUUGUUUACGCACACGCACUUGAUGAAACAUUGCCUCGACAUCAGCGGCUACCCCUACAUGCCCCUGUCGAAAUCGCAGCAGCACACCAACGAGACUGUUUGUCAUGUCUGGCCCUUGAACGAGAUUCUUGUUUAGAGAUGUUCCUUCAUACUCAGAUGCGGCAUCGAAGACGAUACGGAGCUUGUCAGGUUUGUUGGGAUUGGUCACUGGAUGAUGAGGCAAGUACCAAGUUAUCGAGCUUUCUCUAGCUGCUUCUUCAGGGGACAAUUUGCGUGCAUAGCCCUUCGAGAUGUACUCAGUCAUGACUCCACGGUACUUAGCAGCCAUUUGCUCAUUUCCUGCUUUGGUCAGGCGUCGUCUAAGCAAUUCUGCUCGUCUUUCAGCUAAAAUGCGAUUGUUUGGCAGCUUUGGCUGAUCUUCCUUCCAUAGUAGGCCAACUUCAUAAUGCCCGUCUACAAAGGUAGUAGUUUCUUCAAUGAUUUUUUAGGGCUCGUUUGUCUUCCACAGAUAAGAGCUUCUCUCCUGCUUUCAAUGUUCCAUAGUCUUCGAUCUUCCAAAACCUUUCAACAAAGUCGUCAGGUUUGUGUCCAACAGAGAUGAAAUUGAGCUCAGCUCUUCUUGUCCCAGCGAUAGUCAAUGGACCUGAAAUGCUCCAACCGAGAGGGUACCGAUAACCGUAGGGGCCGCUCUUGUUGUCUUUCGAUUCUGACUUCCUUCUGCAAGUGUGCAACAGGGACGUUACUCCCCACAAUGAUCGAGACUCGUUUAAAGUCCACCACUGGGAAUGUAAGGUCUUGAAGGUGCGGAUACUUAUGGACAUCUACUGUCCCCGGCAAAACUCGUUCUGAUUGGUUCAGGUCAGGGAGAACGUAAGCUUCAUUAACAUCAAUGUCUUCACCAUAUGCUUCUACAGGACUGAGAGUAAAGGAAACGCGUCGACUCUCCACCAGCUCCUCACUGUUCGUAAUAGUCUUAAUCCCGAUUUGCUCCGAGAUCCCUUUCAGGUCAAGAUGAUCAGCAAGCUCUUUGUCAAUGAGGGUAUCGGUACACCCAUUGUCAAGAAAUGCAUAUGUAGAAAGGGAACCACCGUUCUCUGCAGUAAUGGUUACAGGAACUACAUUUAACAAAACUUGGGCUCUUGUGGUGCUGACACCGGCAGAUGUAAUCGAAGUCUGUGGCCUGUCGCUGGGCGGCUGUCUUGUGCCUUGCUCCAUUUGUGGUUGCCGGGUUAUUGGGUCAGCAGUCGGAGUACUGUAUCGGUUAGUGGGGUUAUGAGUGUUCUUGUUUCCAGGAGUUCUGCGUCCAUUGUUGUUGUCCCUAUGCAGUAUUGGUAAGUGGUGUCCAGGACACAGAGAACAAGCUGGUGGCUCAGGACAGGAAGUACCACUGUGAUCGGGAUUAUGGCAACCACAGUUAAAGCAGAACCCAUACGAUGCUGCGUAUUGUCGACGCACGGCUACACGGUCACACUGUUUGACGAUUGGGCACUCCUGGAGUCGGUGGGGGAGUAGACUUGCAAAUUGCACAGUUUGCAGAGUUCUCUUUCUUGGGGGCGUUCUUAAGCGAUGUGGCGUUGAUCGUAGCGUUUUUCGUGGGCAGGUCCGAUCCUUUAGAAGCUUUGGGGGGACUUGUUUGUCCUGUUUUCUCCCUUUGCGGCUGCAUUCCAAACACUGGGUCAUUCCUUAUUGACGCUUGCCUUUUCACGAAUUUUGCAAUGUCCUUUAGUCGUGCAGUUCCACCACGGCUAACAAUCUCGUAGUUUUCGGUCUGCCACUUGGUGAUUAAAUCAUUUGGGAGUCUGUUUACGAUUCUUCUUAAAUUGGUAGCUACGCUUGCUUCGCGUUCCACAUCUCCCUUCAGAACCUUGGUUGAAGUGUUCAGCUUCUCGGCAAAAUUAAGCAGACCCAUGUUGUCACCAUAGGCAAGUUUGGGGCCUGAGACUAACUCUUCGAUGCAGGCUUGCGUCACCUGAAUAGGGCGACCAAAGCGUUCCUCUAAGAUCUUCAUUAGCUCACUAUAGGAGGAGCCUCGGUUUCUUUUGAUGACCUCCAAGGCUUCUCCUUUCAGGAACUUCGGUAAGUACUCUACCCGCUGCGCAUCAGUUAGUAGCUCGCUUUCAAGGUGAGUAUGUGCUUGUUCUUUGAAGAACGGGAAGUCUGCUGGGUUGCCAUUAAAGGGUGUAGGAGAGAUUCCGUUCAGAAGCUGUACCUUCCACAUGGCUGCUACAUGGUCUUUAGGGGCUUGCUCUAUUACUUUGUCUUCUGGCUGAGACUUAGGUCUAUACUGGAAGGUUCGUGGGGCUUGGUAUGGUGGCUGCUGGCAUUCAGUGACUGGCAGUGCUCCCUUGUUUGCAGUAUCGGCAAUAUUGGAUUUGACCUCAGUGGCUGGCUUUUCCUUGCACGAACCAGGUGCUGUGUCUUGGGGGGUGGAGCAACUGACAGGUAUAAGAGGCAGUGAAGGUUUGGGUGUCGGUGCUGGGAUUUUUGGUGUUCAGGGGUUCUGAAUCAUCAAGUUGAAUUUGAGGUGACUGUCCCAGUGGUUUCUCCUCAAUGGGAUAGGUUGUCUGAACAAUAUUGUCCACACCAUUAACAACACCAGUUUCCUCGUCGAACUCAUUUUCAAUCUUCCAAUCCAGUUCAGCUAGAACGGCUUCGUCCUCGAGUAGUCUCAAUUCCUUCUUGGCGCUCCGCUCAUGCUCUGCUUUGACCAAUUCGGCUUCUUGUUGAGCCUUGCUCCUCGCCAACUCAGCUUCCUCUUGUGCCCUACUCUUCGCUAACUCCAAUUUCUUUUUUGCUAAAAGCAUGGCUCUAAACCUUUCUUUCCGGGACGACGAAGAGGAUCUUGAAGUAGUGGAGCUCUGAGACUGGUGCGACUUGUGACUUUUAAUGGAGCGUUCAUCAUCACGUUCUUGUGUUUCUUGAUCAGUCCGUAUUUGCGUUUCGCAUUCUUCUAUUGUAAACAUCAUCUGUUCUUUGAGGGACUUGAACCUUUGUUGUACUUCUUGUAGUCGUUUGCUGUCACGUAUGCCUGGCAGGUACUUCGAGUGUACAGUCUCAAAGGAUUUCCAAAUGAUAGCUAAAUGAUCUACUAUUUUGCGGGCGGACAAGUGCUCCCAGUUAGUGUAGAGGAGAGUUUGGAGCUGCUGUGUUUCAAAGGCAACUUCUUUAGAUUCCUUGUUCCACAAAGAUGCAAGUCUGCGUUGUUCCCUUAUUUCGCGUUGAUGCACAAGUUCACUAAAAUCAAUUUGAGUAUUUGGUACGGGGUCCUGGCGUAGGGAGUAUCCAACUGCUCUCUCUCGCUGAGUCCUCAGGGUCCAUUCCGCGAUCCACUAUCGCGCGGUCCAGUCCAGAGAUUCCUGCGAUUCCGUUCGGUCGGUUCUGAGCGUUCGUUUUCUCGAAAAUCCAGGUGAAAACACAGUUUUCUCUUCGUACUUUGCAGAAUUUUUCACAAUGUUGGGGUCGACACAGAAAUUUCGACGCGUUGAUUGGACUAUUAAUCUGUCUUUAAUCGCCAAGUUUCUCGUGCUUGGUUCGAUCGGUGAUCACUGGUCAUGAACGGUGAAAACUGAACAUAAAAUAAGCAAAAAUGACAAAUAAACCUAAAGAAAACCUAAAUAAACCUAAAGCGACACUAAAGAGCGAAAACUACUUACAUUCUGUGCGAUGCAAUCGAUGAGAAAUUCAAAACAUUUGCUCUAUAACACUACACUUGAAAACACGUGGUGAUCUGGUUUUGCUGUGGUCAUGUGACCAUCCGAAACUAACAUGAUAUAAGUAGUCACGUAGUGUCCAAAAGGAAGUGAACGCAAAAAUAAAUCAAAAUAAAAUUUGGACUAAACAAUACCCACAUGCUUACUAUUAUUUGGCACAAAUUUCUUUACUUGAGCAAAAACUAGCAGAAUUCAGGAAAUAUUAUGAACAAGGCCAGGAUGCAGAAGAAAAGAGACUUCCCUUUUUUGAACCAGUUUCCCUGCCAAUGAAAGAUCUCAUGACUCCUGUUUACCAACUAUUUGUCAAUGUACAGAAACCAACUGGGUGUGGCAACAGGUCUUGCAUUCGGAAGGUCAAAGAAAGUGAGCUGAAGUCCUGUAGUCGAUGUAGGGAGCAAAAAUAUUACAGCAAGUAAGUACAGUUGUACAGUUGUAUUACAUGUAAGUUCCUCACAAAAAGGGGCAUGAUGCUCAAACUGUUUGUAAUCUUUUGUUAAAGAAUCUCUAGUGGUGAGAAUGAGAUACACUCAAACCCUCUUAAUACCAAUACUGAGGGAGCCAUAGAAAGUGUCCAUAUUAAUGGGGUAUCUGUAUUAAGUGGGUUGAAUUUAGAGAAAAUUUAAAGGCUAGGGACAAGGCAAACAGUCUGUAAUAAUAUGGUGUCCAUAUUAAGCAGGUGUCUGUAAAGCGGGGUUCAACCGUACCAAUAAUGUCAUUGCCAUAAUAUGUAUUACAUUAAGCUGAAUGACACCUUUCGACUUGCAUACAUGAAGGUCUAUCCUACCCCAUAAAACCCCUCAGUCACUAAUCAUGAAUUGUUUUCAUUAAAUACUUGUAUCCUUUUCACAAUUUUUAGAGAAUGCCAAAAAGCUGACUGGAAGAAUCAUAAAGCAGCUUGCAAAACAACUUGUGAUGCUGUAGAAGUUUUCAAGUUAAAGGGCUAACUACCUGAAAUAUUCCUGUUGGUGAAGCAAAUGACAGAAAAGUCAGGCUCAUUAUUGUUUCUUUGAAAAAACUGUGGUUACCUGCAGGGGUUUACCUACAUCUACUUUGCAGGGUGAACAAUGAUACUUUUUUGGGACUGGUGCUUUCCCCCCAUCUUGGACAUUGAAACUAACAGAGAGUUGGGGUGAACUGAUUUUAAGGGAGAGGUUUAUGAUGGGUUUAAAAUAGAGGAGUCUUUUUUUUUUCUCUCAAGAUGGAGGCCACUAUAUCUUAGUACCUUUGAGUUUCCAUU